UUUCAGAACAAAUUCUAACUACACCCCACCAUUCAAUACUAAAUUAAUUAAUUAAUGAUAAUAAUACCCCUCCCUCUCACCAGUUACCACCUCUAACUCACCCUCCAGUUUUACUUGCUUCAUUUCACACACAACACUGCUACGUUCCUUUGAGAAUUAUCAGAUCUCACCCUUUUGAGUUUCGACCACAAAUGUUCCCUCCUUACAUGCGUGGGGCAGUGUCUGUGUUACGAUCACGAAGCGUCUUCAUUUUGGUCGGGUCUAUUUCCGGAGACAAAUAUUCGUGUAGGUAUAUACAACAACUCUGGCCAACUCUCUAGCCAUAUUUUCACCAACUUUAGCAGGUGUUGGUCCUUGCUUUUGUGGUUCGCAGUUUUGUUUGGACAGCCUCCUAUCCCUUGUUCUGCGCCUUCCCACAGAUUACGGUUAACUUUUGACUCACUCUUGCUCCAAUGUUAUUGCUAUGAUAUAACUGAGUCAGUCAAGAUGUGAGCGGCAAUUGGAUUGUAUAUAGACUCGUACGUAGUUUGGAAGCGCAAAGGAGAUUUUGAGUAAAAAGGAUUCUGCCCAAGCUUUAUCUUCUGCGAUGGCCUUGUGUGGGUGUCUCUCUUUUUUGAGUGGAAAGAAGGAGAAAAACAAGGGUACUGAACGGUCUUCAACAGGGGAGCUUAAAGCUCAACUUGACCAAGUAUUGCACCCAAAGAUUUCACCAGAGAGUCAUGAUUUGAAGCCAGCCACCCUUGAUGUUACAGUACCCUGUGGUGUGCAGAAGAAUUCAAAGGGCAAUGUGAGGGUUAUGAGUCUUGAGAGUCCUGUGAAGACGGAAGUGGAAGAGGCUUAUGAAGGGGAAGAUGAGCAUGAAGAGUCACCUUCCAUCAAGAGGGAGUUCUCUGAUUUUGAUCUCCAAGUCCACGAAGAGGCUGCAAGCAAAGGAGGAUGUGAUCCAUCAAAUGAAGAGGUAAAGUACCCAAGUUUAAAUGAAAACCAAUCCAACAUUCAAUUGCAAGACCAUGAAUACAGCAAAAAGAGUGUUGAUCUAAUCCAAAGUGGACAUGUCAGUGAUCCUGGGAUUGGCAAGGCUGACUUUUUGGCUUCUCCAAAGCUCAAGCGAUCCUGCUCUGACCUGGAAAGAAGGGAUGUACUUAGGGAGACUUCUCAUCUCUUUCCAUCCUCUAAGUCACAGUCUUUUGAGGAUUUGCAGGAAUUAUCUGCAUAUCACAAGGUUAAUCUAGAAAGCCCCAGGUCUGUGAUGACUCACUGCAGUGCUGAUAGAGUGAUGUUGAAAAGGCAUUCUUCAAGUCAAGUUCUCCCUUCUAGAAGUAAAAGAUUGUGGUGGAAGUUGUUCCUCUGGAGCCACAGGAAUAUACAUAGAUCUCAGUUAAGCAAAUCGACACAAAUACAUCCUACAGUUGCUGCUUUAAAUAGUCAAUGUGGGUACUCCUCAGACACCCUUGAACCAAAACAGGGCAAGGCAUUGAGACAUGUGGAAUCAAUCUCUCCGAGCUCAUCUUUUGGGGAACACUUUCACGGAAAUAUUGAUAACCAAAGGUGGAGCAGAUUUCAGAAAGAAAAUUUUGGUGUUUGGCCACAAAAUCAAUGGGUGGCUUUCUCAACAGAAUCAUCCUCCUUAAGCAGAGUGGAUGAGUGGGUGAAAGAUCUCGAAAUUCAGCAGCCUCCUCCUGAGGAUGAUUUUGAUGAUGACAAUAUUGGAAGCAUUACCUUCCCACCUUCUCCUGAUGCCACCCCACAAUUCAUAGCAUCCUCAAGCACAGCUCAGUUGGCUCGAUAUCCAGAUGCCAAUCUUUCAAAAGAGAUAUUGAAUGCCAACACUGUGGUUCAGUCCCUGAACCCAGCCUCAACUACAGCUCAUAUAUCAGGCAUUGGUAUAAAAGCCAUCCCUUCUAUUUCACACUUCUCCACUCUCCGCUCUGUCAAUUUGUCUAGCAAUCUCAUAGCUCACAUCACGCCUGGAUUUCUCCCAAAGGGUAUUCAUACACUGAAUUUGUCAAGAAACAAAAUCAGCACCAUUGAGGGCCUCAGAGAAUUAACUCGGCUGCGGGUACUUGACUUGAGUUAUAAUCGCAUCUCAAGAAUUGGACAAGGUUUAUCAAAUUGUACACUAGUUAAAGAGCUAUAUCUUGCGGGAAACAAGAUAAGUGAUGUUGAGGGGCUACACAGGUUUUUGAAGCUCACGGUUUUGGACUUGAGCUUUAACAAGAUUGCGACAAGCAAAGCGUUAGGCCAGCUGGUGGCCCACUACAACUCACUUCAGGCUCUGAAUCUGCUUGGAAAUCCAAUUCAAAGCAACAUCAGUGAUGACCAGCUGCGCAAAGCAGUUUGUGGUCUUCUUCCAAAGCUUGUGUACCUGAACAAGCAAUCUAUCAAGCCUCAAAGGGGACGAGAAAUACACACCGAUAGUGUUGCCAAAGCUGCACUUGGGAACAGCAGCCGGAGCUCGUACAGGAGAGCACUAAAGAAAGGUGGUGGCCAAGGAGGGUCAAGUUCCUCCACUGUGCAUAGAAGCAUUUCUAGUGUUUCCCAUAAAAGCAGGAACAGGUCAAGGAGCCGAUCUAAACAUCAUUAGUUGUCUGUAAAAAUUGCAAUUUAUCAGUCUAUUUCUAAGACUUGAUAAAGUGGAUGGGUAUUUUUCAAACUUGCUUUUGGCCAAUAUUUGCUUCGACCUGUAAUCCACCCUGUGGAAUAAGGCUUGGUUGUGAUUGUUGUAAGUAUUGUGUGUUUGUUUUAUAUCAUAAAGGAGAGUGCUCUAGUCAUUGAGAGUCUAUUGGCUUAAGACUUGACGUAAUGCAGUCUUCAUUGUUUCCAAUUUUAA